GCUUUAGGGAUGUUAGCUUACAUCACUGACCUUCGAUGCGUUGAACCAAUCAAGACUCAACAAAUUGAAGCUGAAGGCCACGACUUAGAAUCGCUUCUUUAUCAUUUCCUGGACGAAUUUCUCUUUCUAUUCAGCGCUGAACCAUUCUUUAUUGCAAAGAAUGUCAAGAUAUUGAAAUUUGAUAAAGAAAAUUUUAGAAUUACGGCUGAAGGAGUUGGAGAAAUAUUCGACUUAUCGAGGCACCCUCAGGGAACAGAAGUUAAAGCCAUUACUUACUCAAACAUGCAAAUUUUUGAUUCGAUUAAUAAGCAUGAAUGUUACGUAAUUGUAGAUAUUUGA